AUGGAGAUGUCGUACCAGGCCAUUAAGAGCGCUUCCCAGAGCAGAGAGGCGGAUGAACUCAGGACAGAGGCCAGAAGGAAAAACCUCCUGAUCCUGAUUAUGCAUUACCUUACGCAGGAAGGUUAUGUGGACACAGCAAACACUCUGGAACAAGAAGCCAAAGUCAGUAUGAGACGCUUUGACGUUUGUGACAACGUUGAUCUGGAGACCAUUUUAAUGGAAUACGAGAGCUAUUAUUUUAUUAAGUUCCAGAAGUACCCAAAGAUUACGAAGAAGAUCUCAGAUAAUGACAGUAAACUUUACUUAAAGCCACGGAGUGGAGGAAAGCUGAGAAGAACACCCAGUAAUAUUUCUCAGGGUCUUCCAAGGAUCACCACCCAUAACAUUGUACAACGCCCAGUAUCCCGGACCAACCCCAGAACGGCAGACAGACCACCCAAAGGGGAGAAUUCCAGACAGGAAAAUGGCAGCCACAGCCCAGCAGAAGUAGAGGUUGCCCUGAAUGUUUCUGCCAUCAACAGAAAUUGUGGGGACGGUGCUUUACACAAGAGGGGACAAAUUAUUGAUUUCCGUGGCAUGAUACAAGACGCCAUUAAAGGGGCAUCAAAUGAAAUCACUAUGAACAGUUUGAACUACAAUCUGGACCCUUCGGAACGCUUACUCAAACCGGUCAGUGCAUUUAUUGGGGCCAACAGUGAGAUGAGGGAGCUGGCAGCAGUGAUCAGCAGGGAUAUUUAUUUACAGAACCCAAACGUAAGGUGGGAUGAUAUUAUUGGACUUGACGCGGCAAAGCGACUUGUGAAGGAGGCUGUGGUCUACCCUAUACGAUACCCGCAGCUAUUUACUGGAAUCUUGUCCCCUUGGAAGGGGCUUCUGCUGUAUGGGCCUCCAGGUACUGGGAAGACGUUGCUUGCCAAAGCGGUGGCCACAGAAUGCAAACACAACAUUUUUUAACAUUUCGGCCUCCACCAUCGUCAGCAAGUGGAGGGGAGACUCGGAGAAGCUUGUACGGGUUUUAUUUGAACUGGCUCGCUUCCAUGCCCCCUCCACCAUUUUCCUGGAUGAGCUGGAGUCUGUGAUGAGUCAGAGGGGGACAGGGCCAGGGGAGCUGGACUAUGCUAUGUUAAGGCGGCUGGAGAAGAGGAUUCUGGUAGAUCUGCCCAGUAAAGAGGCGCGGGAGGCCAUGAUCCGUCACUGGUUGCCUCCUGUGAGCAACAGCGGAGGUGUGGAGCUGAGAACUGAGCUGCAGUACAGCACUCUGGGGGAGGAGACUGACGGUUACUCUGGAUCAGACAUUAAACUGGUGUGUAAAGAGGCAGCUAUGAGGCCUGUGAGGAAAAUAUUUGAUGCACUAGAGAACCACCAGCCAGGAAAUAAGGACAUGCCAGUGAUUCGUCUAGACACGGUCACCACAUCUGACUUCCUGGAGGUUUUAGCGCACACGAAGCCUUCCGCCAAGAGCCUGGCUGAGAAAUACAGCGCCUGGCAGAAGGAAUUCGAGUCUGUGUGA